GUCUGAGCCAGAGCUGGGAGCCCUGCGACAUGGAGUGCUGGCCGGUUCUGCUGCUCUGGGGUCUCCCCCAGAUGUGGGCAAGUCCUGACGCUCUGCGCCCUCCGGGCCCAUCCCAUCGCCACUUUCCGGCCGAGCCUCUGAGCAGCACCGGCCUCCGCGUCCUCCAUAUCUCGCCCUUUGCCAACAGCAGCUGGACGCGCACCGACGGCUCUUUCUGGCUGGGGGCGCUGCAGACCCACUCUUGGGGCAAUGGCUCGGACAUCCACUUCCUGAGGCCCUGGUCCCAGGGCAAGUUAAGCGACCAUCAGUGGGAGCAGCUGCAGCAAGUGUUCUGGGUGUACCGGAGCAGCUUCACCAGGGAGAUCCGGGAAUUCGCCAAAAUGCUGCACUUGGACUAUCCCUUUGUGGUCCAGGUGUCCGCUGGGUGUGAGGUGCACCCUGGAAGCCCCCUAAAAAGCUUCUUCCACUCAGCAUUUCAAGGAAGCGAUAUAUUGAGUUUCCAGGGAACUUCUUGGGUGCCAGCCCCCGAUGCCCCACAUGGGGCCGAGGUGGUCAGCAAGGAGCUCAACAAGGACCAAUACGUCAAGGACACAUUAGAGUGGCUCCUCAAUGACAUUUGCCCCCAAUUAGUGACGGGCCUCCUUGAAGCAGGACAGCAGGAUCUGGAGAAGCAAGUGAAGCCCGAGGCCUGGCUGUCCAGUGGCCCCCCUCCUGGCCCUGGCCGUCUGCUGCUGGUGUGCCACGUCUCAGGAUUCUACCCAGAGCCUGUGUGGGUGAGGUGGAUGCGGGGGCAGCAGGAGCAGCCGGGCGCUCAGCAAGGGGACGUCCUGCCCAGUGCUGACGGGACGUGGUAUCUCAGAGUGGCUUGA